GAUCUGCUCGCACACUGCAGGAGCUCGGACUGAAACAUGGAUGGGAUUUAUCCAUUUUUCCUCUGCUUGCUUCUGCUUCAGACGGCCAGCGUGGCAGCUCAGAUAUGUAGUCCUCCCACAAGUGUAGACUUUGCAGAAAACAAUAAAGUGGGUGAUGUCGUGCUAAGUUUCACCGCUGAGCCUGGAACGGUGGUCACUUACGCCCCUGAAAACAACCCAAGUUUCCCUUUCGAGAUUGUUGAAAAUCAGCUGAGAGCUACGGCUGUGUUGGACUACGAGACGAUGUCGCGUUCUUUUCCUGUCAUGAUCGUAUGCAUGAAAGAAGGAGCACAGAAUUACCGUGCCACUGUUGUCGUACUACUACGGAAUGUAAAUGAUAACCCUCCUGUGUUUGCACAAAGUGUGUACCCUACACCUGUCAAUGAGCUGUUGCCCAUUGAUUCACAUGUGGGUCGGUUCGAUGCCACAGACUUGGACAAUGACAGGCUGUACUACAGGCUGACGCCUGAAUCUACUUAUUUCAAACUGAGGACACCUACCAGCUCAGAGAUCCUUGUAAACGCUCUUCUUGACUAUGAUAAACUCAAAGAGGUUGAACUGCUUCUUGAAGCUCAAGACACACCAUUAACCACCACUGAAGAACCCUCAUUCACCGCCACCACAACCAUAAUUAUUUCCAUCUCAGAUGUGGACAACAGACCCCCAUGGUACCAGCCUUGCAACAAAUAUGAAGUUGGCGGAGUUAUGGUCUGCCAGAGUGCUGGCUACACUGGCAGAGUUAACUUAAAUGAACAAGAGCCAGGGGUGUUACCUUUGAAACCAGGACCACUCUAUGCCGUUGAUGGAGACAAUGGAAUAAAUGAGGAAAUAACAUAUUCCUUCCUAAGUGGAAAUGAAGCUAAUCUGUUUCAGAUUAACCCAAACACAGGAAACAUCACAAUGCAGAAGCCAGCUGACAUUUUGGGGCCAAUCAGUUUAACAGUUCUGGCUGCUCAGAGGAUAAACAGCCAUCAGUUUGCCACAACUACUCUCACAAUCCAAGUUACAGUGAAGAGCCUUCAUAAACCGAAGUUUCAGCAUACUCUGUAUGACGCUCUAAUCACCUCAAAGGGAUCAACGGCACUCAGUGCAAACGACAAUCUGCCGUUAGAGAUCCUGGCCACAGACGAGGACUACUCUUCUACUGGGGGUCGAAAUCCUCACAUUACUUACUCAGUCGAAGGUAGUGAUGGUUUCUCCAUCGUUGGUGGCUUCUUGUUCCUGACCAAAGAUCUCCCAGAUGGCACAUUAUCCCUGCAGAUUCUGGCCAUAGACACAUCCAAUGAUGAGACAGCUACAGCACAACUCAAUGUGGAGGUGAAGUUGAGUUCUACCACCACCAGUUUGCCCCUGAACACCACAGUCAUUAUCACCACCACAUCUGUAGAAGAAUCCACCACCGACAGCCAGACGACCAAUGAGAUCAUGUCCACGACCGAGAUCAUGUCCACGACUGAGCUCAUGUCCACGACCAAUGAGAUCAUGUCCACGACCAAUGAGAUCAUGUCCACGACCGAGGUCAUGUCCACGACCGAGGUCAUGUCCACGACCAAGGUCAUGCCCACGACCAACGAGAUCAUGUCCACGACCAACCCCACUAUGUCGACUGGUAUCUCAUCCACCAGCCACAGCAUAACAAAAAUGCCAUCAGGAGAGUUCAGAGUACUGGACAUGGUGGCACUUGGAGCAUCCUUGGGCAUUCUUCUGUUUAUUUCCCUGGUGGUCAUUGCGCUGCUGGUUUAUUACAUGCACAGGGGGAAAGCAGACUGGAAGAAGAUCCAAGAAGUGACCAUGUUUCGAAGCUCCCUGGGACAAAGUUCCGGAGGAAAGAAGGAGGGAAUGCAGUUCACCAAUGAGACUUUCCAGAAAGAUGAAGAUGAAGGCAGCAUGGGCUCAGGUGGUCCAAACGUAUCUGGUGGAAACCCACCAAAGUCAGAAUGGAACAACCCUCCCAAAGACCUGCGCCAGGAACGUUCUGCACCACUGGCCUUCCAGCUGCCCGACGGUGCCAGUGACAACGGCUCAGAUAGGGGGGAUGACGAGAAAGAUGUGAAACCCAUCCUGACUAAGGAAAGGCGGGUUGAGGAAGGAUACAAGUCUGUUUGGUUCAAGGAGGACAUUGAUCCCAACGCUAAGGAGGAGGUGGUUAUUAUCCCAGACAGCAGAGAAGACGACAGUGAGGGGGAAGAUGAACUAUCAUCCAGAAACAAGACAAAAGCUCCAAAGGUUGGCUUUGCUGACCCAGAUCUGGACAGUGGUCUCGGGGUAAAGAUGGGAGGUCCUGGAGAGGAUUCAGGGAGUGACCUUGAUUUGAACGUUGAUCUGUGACAAAUGCAAAAGAUAGACACCCUGCAACACAAAGCAGCCAUAAAAAAAUCUGAUACUGAUUUAUGAGCAACCAAACCUGAACAUUAAACACUAAUAGUUUAUCAGAACGAAACCUGAAAAUACUCUGAGGAAAGAUUUAUAGUUGUUUCAGUCUAAACAACUUAAUGUAAAAAUAUUGAUUUCAAGAGUGAAAACCAGACUUCUAGCUUAUAAAUCUUAAAAUAUUUAUGUCAAUGGUAAUUUUUGUACAAUAACCUGAUUUUAGAGAAUCGUAUAUCAUAAUUCUGAGGUUGAAAAUAACCUCUCAAAAUUCAGCUAGUGUAUAAUUUUAGAUACUUCUUCAGUUUUUUAACACUCAUUAUUAGUAUUAUAUACCAAUGGAUGAAACUGUUUAUUAUUUUGUUCCUGGUACAUUGUUUAAUUAUUAACUUAUAUUGGUUCCUCAUUGCUGACAGAUGAAACACACUACACAAAUAAAGUGCAGACAAAAUUCAGGGAUAAAACAAAAAUACACUUUCUGCUGUCUGUGAUUAUUAAAGCUUCUAAUAAAAAUAUAUACAAUAAGCUGAUAAAUGAUUAUGUUGUAUUAAGUAAAACAGGUACAGUUAGGUCCACAUAUAUUUGGACACUGACACAAAUUUUGUCUUUUUACCUGUUUACUGAAACAUACUGUAUUCAAGUUAUAGUUGUAUAGUGUACAUGGACAUAAAGUCCAGACAUUCAGCUUUUAUUUGAGGGUUGAAAUUAUUUGAGGGUCCACAUUAAAAUUGGA